AUGAAGCAUUACAACAUCAAAGGAUGCAACUGUUCGUCGAUCGGUGCGGAGAGCAACGUGUGCGAUAUCCGUACGGGGCAGUGCCGUUGCAAGCAACAUGUUACGGGCAGAGCUUGUGAGACUUGCGAGGAGGGUUAUUGGGGCUUACAACUAGGUGGGUGUCGGCGUUGCUCGUGCGGCCCAGGCGCGUCCGCCUGCGACCCGGAGACCGGGGCCUGCGCCUGCGCAGAAGGCGUCGGUGGCGCUCACUGCGACACGUGUCUCCCUGGCUACUACGGCUUCGGACCUACUGGAUGUUUACACAUAUGCGACCCUCACUCCGGGCAGUGCAAGUGCCGCGCAGGCUGGGAGGGCCACACGUGCGAGCAGUGCGCGCGUGGCCACUACGGGCCCAAAUGCCGGCCCUGCCAGUGCGACACUGCGGGCUCUAGGGACUGCGAGGACGGGCUCUGCCCUUGCGACGAGUGGGGACGGUGUCCUUGUAAGGAAAACGUAGUAGGCGAGAAGUGUUCAGAAUGUCUGGAGGGUACCUUCGGGCUGUCUGCCCAGAACCCAGUGGGCUGCACAGCCUGCUUCUGCUUCGGUCGCGCAGCGCAGUGCCGGCAGGCGCAGCUUGCACGCGCAGCGCUGCACGCCGCUGCACCGCUGCAUAUUACACUGCAGCGCCCGCCUCAUGACGUCAUUACUACUAUGGACCAGGAUUCCCUCUUAGCCAUCCACACACACACGGCAGACGCUACGAUCUCCCUUCCUUGGCCUCCUGUCCCGGUCUACGUUGAGCUGGACAAACGCUUCGUGGGAGACCGAGUGACCUCCUACGGAGGAUCUCUCAGGUUCCGUGUAGAAGAGGAGGGAGGGGUCGAGUUAAGUAAAGAGGUGCUGACUCGGUUCCCUCUUGUGAGGAUCUACAGUAAGAACAUUGUGCUUGAUUAUUAUGAGUUGGGUCCAGUGAUAAACGGUUCCCACGUGGUCCGCCUCCACGAGUCGCUAUGGACAGUGCGUGGGGGCGGGCGCGGACUGGGGGCCCGCGGGUCCCGCGCGGCGCUGAUGCUGGCACUGCGCCGGGUGGACAGACUGCUCGUACGGGCCAGCACCAGGGCACCCACGCACGCUGAGCACGUGCACGCAUUGCUCCUCAACGUAUCCUUGGACACUGCAAUCCCCGGCCUAAGUCGCUCCGAGCCAGCAUUAGGUGUGGAGCUGUGUGACUGUCCCCGCGGUUACUCCGCCAGCUCCUGCCAGACUCCUGCCAUCGGGUUCUGGAUGCCUCCACCCACCGUGCACAUGACCAACGUGGCUGGCACCAUCGUCAUCAAGCUGGAUGAGGAGGCUCAGCCAUGUAUUUGCAACGGCAGAGCUACUGAGUGCCAUCCUGAUACUGGGGAGUGUCUGAACUGCACAGGCGGUACAGGUGGGCCCCGCUGCGCGGAAUGUGCGGCGGGCCACUACGGGUCCCCCGGAGCGCCCGGGGGCUGCCAGGCUUGUCCCUGCCCCGAGCGCGCUAGAAACUUCGCCGACUCCUGCAUCAUGCAUGAUGGCAAGCUCCAGUGCCUCUGCAAACCUGGCUACACGGGUCCGGAGUGCGAGCUGUGUGCGGCAGGAUGGCGGCGCGAGGGCGACGCGUCGGGCCCCUGCGUGGCCUGCGGCUGCGACCCGGCCGGCAGUCUCGGGCCCACCUGCGACCACUGGGGCCGCUGCCGCUGCAGGGACUUCGCCACCGGACCGCGCUGCGACCAGUGCAGGCCGCCAAGAACUUAUAUGGACGAGAAUGGAUGCAGACCAUGCGACAACUGCACUCAAACACUCCUAGACUCCGUUGAAACUCUAACAGCAGAACUACGCACCAAAGCAGAUCCCAGGGAACUGAGCCGAAUACCGAAACCAUUCGCCGCAGUGCGAGAGUUCUCUGGCAACGCCACUGCACUUAGAUCUAGUCUUGAACACUUAAAGAAUAAUUUAGUACAUUCCAAAAACUUAGAAAAUAUGUUAGGAGACUUGGAGAACGCUGAACAUAGAAUUUUCACUGAAGCGAAUAGUUUGAAGACUGAAGCUCAGAAGAGAGAGAAGGACGCUGACUACUUGAGUUUGGAGAGUAUGUCUGCUUUGGAGGAGGUUUUGAAGGUCAGGAGGAAGGUCAGCGAGCUGGUGGAAACACUGGACGAGUUUGCUCGAGGGGAGAAACACCUGAGCGCACACAGGGCACUGAAGGAGGCACGGCAUCUACUGAAGCAGAUAAAGGAUGUAAAGUUUAUUGACUACGUGACCGGCGCUAAUGAUGUGUUUGAUUCUGCACAUCUACAAUCAACGGCAGUGCAGGAGAGGAACUAUAGGCUAGAAGACACAUACAGACGGUUGGCCAAGCUCAGGUCCUCCCUGGACAGCUGGGAGCUGAAGGCUGCAGAGCUGCAAAGGCUGGCGGAGACAGUGUGGCGAGCUGAUGACACCGUCACCGCGCUCCGGGGGAACGUGCGGCCACGACUUUCGGCACUCAGAGACCUGGGGCUACGCUGCCGACUCGUGCUCGAGGACAUUACAACAUUAUCAGCGCACAACAUCACGGACGAAAUCCGAAGCUCAUUACUGCAGGGUCAGACCCUGGGUAUCAGAUUCCCGGCCCUAAUAGCUGAGCUGUCGGUGCUGACCCAGGCUGCGGAGAAGAAGGAGGGCAUCCUCUACAACCUCACUCCUGUGUACAAACAAAAGUACUUGGAGGCCGUGGAGAAACAUGUCGCGGAGUUAGGAGUCAAAGCCAAAGAAUAUAAAAGGUUAUUCGCGGGCAGUCGGUCCGCGGCGUCGCUGGGGGUGUCGGCGGCGCAGGCGUGGGCGCAGGUGGCGACGCUGGUCCGCGAGGCGGGCGCCGCGGCCGACGCCGCCGCGCGGACUGCCGCCGCCGCCGCGCGCGCUGCCGGCGCCGCCGCCGCCUCGCUGCACGGCACCAUGACGCUGGCGCAGUCCGCCGCCACCGGCCGACAGACCUCGGAGGACCUCAAGGCGCGCGGACAACUAGUGCUCGCCAAAGCUGACGAACUUAGAAACCAAUUGGAACAUCUUCGCCGCGGUGCCGACGUCGUGAGCGUAGUCCUACGAGGUCUCGGCUGGCAGGAGCGGGAGCUCAGUGGCCGGCCUAAGGCCAACGUGCAGGAGAUCCUAAAUGCGGCCAACGAACAGGCAGAUAGGGUGUUCACCAGUACCAGGGUGCUGUAUGAUGAGGCCAGUGAGUUGAGGAGGAGAGUCCGGUACCAUCUCAGAAGACAGCUCACUGAGUUGCAAAGGCAUGGGGACACGGCGUUAGGAGCUGCGCAAGAGCAUGUGUCCCAGAUCCGCAGUAACACGGUGCGUGGCGCGGAGACGGCGGGCGCGCUGGCAGACGCGGCGCGGGCGCGGGCCCAGCAGCACGCGGCCGCGCGCGCCCUGCUGCGCCCCGCACUCGCACACCUCGCUCACAAACUCGCCAGGGCACGACAUGCUGCACACACUGUCGACAAACGAGCUAACGGAUUACCUGAUGGCAAGCAAUCAGCGCCGCCCAUGGACACCCGCAACAACGAAGGAAUCAGAGAUACGGAGAGAUACAUGAAGUUAUCGGUAAUUAGCAGCAAGUUACGCCUGUCGUGGAACUUGGGAGCCGGGGAGGGGGUACUGGUGCAUCCGGAGCUGCUGCAGCCAACGCACGAUGAUGCAGACCAUACCUCCUACAGGGUGGAGAUCGAACGGGUAUGGAACUCAGUACAGUUAGUAGUGGAGCGUGCCGGCGCUGCCGCAGUGAGGGCGCGGAACUCGAGCGCCCCGCGCGCACACAGCCUGCGCCCGCGCACCCUGUGGCUGGGGGCCGCCAGCGCGGGCCCCGCCACCACGGGCCCCAGCUCCCUGGGCCCCGGGCUGCCGGCCUGCGUGCACGCCUUAUACUCGGACCAACGCACGCUGGGACUCUGGAACUUCGCCCACCAGCCUCAAGACGCACAAUGUACCGGAUGCACUCAGAGGUGGUAUAGUAGUCGUGGUAGCGAACCUUCGAUGGUGUGGUUCAACGGCGCCGGCUACGUGGAGCUGACGAGGUCCCGGGCUCGGCCGGCGGACCGGAGGCAGUUCAGCGUCGCCUUCACCUUCCGCACCAGGGACGAAAAUGCUCUGCUCUUCAUGGCACUGGAUACUGCUAACAACCGGUCAGUAUCGGUAUGGCUCCGGUCGUGCCGCGUGGUGUUCGUGGUGGAGUACGGCGGCGGCGCGCGGCUCGAGAUCACGGCGGCGGGCGCGCACUGCGGCGGCCGGCCCGCGCACGUGCAGGCCACGCGGGCCUUCGCCAGCAACAAGCUCGAGAAAGGCAGCCUGCGCGUGAACGGCGAGGAGACGCUGGGGUCCCCCGCGCCGCCCGUGCAGGCCGCCGCCGCGCUGCCCGACCUGGCCGGCGCCCGCUACUGGCUGGGGGGCGCGCCCCCGGGACAUGCCCACGCCACGCCCGCGCCCCCCCUGCUGGGCUGCGUCGGGGCUGUCACCGUGGACCGAGCUGGUUACGAUCUCCUGGACGCGCCUACUAGGCAUGGUUUGGAGCCACGCUGUGGGGAAAGGACGCUUCGCUCAGCUAUAGUAUCAGGCGAGGGUUACAUAGAGCUCCCCUCCCCCGGGCUCCGCCGCAAGGCAGAGCUCGGUGUAUCGUUCAGUGCGCGUGCACCGAGCGGAGUGCUCCUGUACCGCGCGCCUGAAUCACCCGCAGACCAGCAUUAUCUCGCGCUCAUCUUGGUAGCAGGUGAGCUAGAACUAGUGGCAGCGGCUGGAAAAGGAGAGAUACGUUUGCGAACCAACGGAACCAGGUUCGAUGACGGGAGGAUGCACACCGUGACGAUAAUAAGGAUGCAUAAACAGCUAGAGCUAUGGGUGGAUGACGAGCAGUUUGCUAGAGGGGCACUCCCAGGGGGAGCGUACCCCGCGCAGCCAGGGGGGCUGUUCCUAGCGGGGGUGCGGGGUCUUACACACCCUGGCAUUCCACUGGAAUCCUUUAAGGGAACUAUUGCUGAUUUCAUCGUGGAUUCAGAACUGAUAGGUCUAGAGACAGCAGUAUCGUGGCACGGCGCGCAGCUGGGUCGAGCGGAGGAGGGAGCCGGGACGGUGCCUCCCCCUCCUCCCACUCAGCACGCACAACACGACGCUGCGCCUGCGUGCACUAAGACAUCGUCGUACACCGUGGAGGCGGGCGCGGUGAAGUUCGGCGACGUGUCACACAGCCACGCCUGGCUGCGCACGCGCCGCCGCGGGGACGUCGCGCUCACGCUGCAGAUACGGACGUACGCCACUGACGGACUCUUGAUACUCGCACCCGGUUCAAAAGCAAAACCGAAGCACUUUAUGUGUUUAAUGCUACGUGAAGGCAAGUUACGUUUAGUGGUGCGCGGGCGCAAGCGGAAGGAAGUGUCCCUCCCCUCCAGCGUUAGUGACGGGGCGUGGCGCCAGGUGUCGCUGAAGGUGUCGCGGGGCCGCGCCUGGUUGGCCUGCGCAGGCGCAUCCGCCACUGUGAGGGGGGCCGCUACAAGGGCACAAAGGUUAUACGUAGCUGGUCUUCCACCACCUCCUGCAUUACCUAAUCUACCCAACGCUAUAACCCGUAUUCCUGGUUUCCGCGGCUGUAUCCGCCGCGUGACGCUGAAUGGUCGCGCGGAGGACUUGGUAAGGGAUGCGCAGGCGCACCACGGAGUCGGACAGUGCUUCCCUAAUAUAGAACAAGCUGCUUAUUUCGGAGGUGAUGCGCACGCGAUCUGGUCGAGUUCAUGGCUACUGACGUCCGACGGGUCGGAGGCGUCCACCGAGCUCAGGCUGCAGUUCCGGACUAGUGAACCCAAUGGAGUACUUUUGGCUGCCGCCGGGUUACUGCUUGAAGUCAAAGAUGGCGCUGUGGUGCUAUCGAGGCAAGGCGCAGAGCGGUCCCGCGUGAGCUGGCGGGGCGCGGGCGGCGAGGCGGGGGGCGCGGCGGGGGGCGCGUCGGGGGGCGCGGCGUGCGACGCGGCGUGGCACAGCGUGCGCGCACGGCUCACGGCGCGUGCGCUCGAGCUGCAGGUGGACGCCGGACAAGUGCUCAGGGACGCGCCCACCGCACUAUUGCUAGACUCCAGCGACACUACCACGACACCCACUCCGCUAUACAUCGGCGGGCUGCCUGAAGGCGUAAUGGAAUCAACAGAUGGUGGUAAAAAUUUCAACGGAUGCAUUCGCGACGUCUCCAUAGGUGGGCAACAGCGAGACUGGACGGAAAUGGAAUCCAUACACAAUGUUUUACUAGACUCCUGCCCAAUACCGCAGUAGACUUUAACUAGCCAGCUAUUAGGUUCAAAUUCCAGUUACGAAACUUGGUAACAGUGCCAUGCUUAGCCGGUGAAGAGAUCGGUGCAAAAUGGUUGAAUAAAUCCUUUGUACCUAAAAACAUAAAGGCUGACUUAAAAUAAUUUGAGUUUAAAUAAUUUGGCAGCGACCUUUUGUGUUAGUUUUUAUUUACAACUUAUUAAACUCGAUUACUUACUCUAAAGGUAACAAUGGAGCUCUCUUUUUGCUCACCGGAUGGCACUCGGGUAGACUCACUCAGAGAAUGAGCUAGUAUUACGCCAUUAGACGUUAAUUGUUUUUACAGCUAGCGCUUUGAAAAACUGACCUCUUUCUAGAAUGACCGCCAUCUAGUGAGCAAAACUGUAGUCCCAUUGGAUAUUUUAAUAACAUCAAAUGUGACGCAGGUAGAUGUCGCUACCUUAUUAUUUAAACAGUCUGUAACGUGCCUUAUAUUCAUUAAGUUUUACCAAAUAGUGCCAUUAUACUUAUUAUAGCCAAUGAAGUGAGUAAAGUCUGAUUCACACGUUAAAACGGUAACUUGAUUAAAAUACAAAUAUCUUCAUUAAACAAAUAUCUUCAUUAAUAAUGCUUCUGUUCUGUGAAAAUCAGAACAUCUUAUCUAAAAAAAUAUCUGCUAUCUUCUUUAGAUACCAAAUAAAUGUUGACAAAUAAAUAAUAAAAUAACUACGAUAAGAGAAAAAUAAUGUACCUUUAACAUGAUAAAGUAAUUAAAAAUAAGUAUAAUUUCCGCAAAUAAUAGAAAAAUCUAUUUAGAUAUUCUAUUUUAAUCAAAGUGUUGCCAUAAACAUGGAUACCUAUAAAUUCAUAUUAAUCAAAUGAACAGUUUUUAAGAAUGCCUUGCAAUAAGUGUAGAAAUGUGUUGACAGUGAGGCUUUUAUGAGGCUAUGUAAUAGGUUAAUGAAAGGAUAGUCUGUCGCGAAUUACUUUAUUCACAAUUUAAUAAAUAUUUUCAAUAUAAUGCGUAAUAGAAAUGAUUUCUUACUUAUAUUCAAACUAGUCGUGAUUACUUUAAUGAUAAUGAACUUAGUAAAUUACAUUUUUAUCAUAGUUUUUGUCUACGAAUAAAAGUAGUCCGCGACAGCAAAUCACUCCAGCGACCAAUACUCGACGUAAAAUGUAAAUAAAAGUACUUAAUAAUUUCUACCAGUAUUUUUAUAAUAAUUUGUACAUAUUAGUUAUACUUUUUAUCUUUAUAGACUUUUUAGAAAUUUUAAUAGGUAGUUCUAUAGUAUAUAGUAGCUACACCAGAGACAAAAAUGAAAUAAGUCAAAUGUCGCGCCAAAAUUCGCAAGAUGGCGGAUAUAUUUUCUGGUGGGGCAGUACACUCAGCCAGUUCCUUGGUUUGAUCAUGAGUUUGUUGAACUUAUAACUGUUCACAUACCAAGUUGAUAAUGUUUUUUACUUCAGUUUAAAGAUACUA